UCUUUUAACGUAAAGCCACGUGUUGAGCUCGUUUCUAUUUCAGGCGGGAUUUGAACUUCACAUAAAACUUGAUUAAAAUUAAAAUUGUAUUUAGUUUUUCUAAUAUAGAAUGGAUGUAAUAUCUUGCGGCUGGUUUAGUGAAAUUCAGGCCGAGUUAUGGCCUGGACAGGCAUUUUCUUUAAAAGUAAAAAAUGUCAUUCAUAAAGAAAAGUCCAAAUUCCAAGAUAUUCACAUAAUUGAAACUGAAACAUAUGGGAAGUGCUUAAUAUUAGAUGGAAUAAUACAAUGUACGUCCAGAGAUGAAUUUUCGUACCAGGAAAUGAUAGCCUUUCUACCUCUUUUUUCUCAUCGGAAUCCCAAGAAAGUAUUGAUUGUUGGCGGCGGUGAUGGUGGCGUGGCGCGUGAAGUUGUAAAACAUCCCUUGGUUGAGGAAGUACAUCAAAUAGAAAUAGACGAGCGCGUUGUGGAGCUUUCAAAACAACAUUUACCUUCAAUGGCAUGCGGCUUCAAGAGCGAAAAGGUAAAGCUCACUAUUGGCGAUGGUUUUGAGUACAUGAUCAAACAUAAAAAUGAAUUUGAUGUCAUUAUAACGGAUAGCUCGGAUCCAAUUGGUCCAGCAGUAAGCCUGUUUAAUGAAAGCUAUUAUAAUUUAAUGAAACAUGCUUUAAAAGAAGAUGGAAUCGUGUGCUCGCAAGGAGGUAGCUUUUGGCUAGACUUAAGUUAUAUAAAAAAAACAAUGGCGGGUUGCAAAGAGCACUUCCCAAAAGUUUCCUAUGCAAUAACUUCAGUUCCGUCUUAUCCAUGUGGUCAUAUAGGAUUUGUUAUAGGUUCUUUAAACAAGAAUCAAAAGUUCAUUAACUCUGUAAAUGAAAUAGAAAAUUUUGAUAUCGAAGCUUUGAAUUUAAAGUACUAUUCUCCGGAAGUACAUGAUGCAGCAUUUGCAUUGCCACGCUGGGUACAGAAAAGCUUAAUGUCGGACCUAAAUUAAAUUUUAACUAAUAGUCAAAAUGUUAAUUCCUUAUUUCUAAUGUUAUGUAUAAAUACAAGUUGAAAUUUUCCCAAAAAAA